AUGCUUGCUAUCGCCUUUACCGGCAAAGUUUUCAAUUAUUUUCUUUUUUCAUUCUCUAGACCCUCUUCACUAUCUAGUCUGUUAUGCCUCAUUAAAUAUUAUAACAUUUCUUUCUACGUUAAAAGAUUCCUUUUAGAGAAGUUUCGACCAUUUUUCAUCUUUUCUUCACGUCUUAUUUCCUUCGGAUUUAUCUUCACUUCCAUUUCUCUUUCUUUCUCAUUUGCCUUUCUUCCAUUAAAUUCCAUUUUGCUUACUUCUACCUUCUUUUUAUUUAUUCAAAACCUUUUAAAAUUUAACUUCAAUUCCUGCAUUAUUUUCUUUGUUCUCUUUCUUUCUUGCUUUCUUUCUUGUUUUCUUUCUAUUUCUUUCUUGCUUUCUUUCUUGCUUUCUUUCUUUUUCUCGCCUUCCUUUGCCGAUUUAUUUUUUCUUUAUAUCAAUCUUAAACUGUUUACUGUGCAAUUGUUUGUUUGUUUGUUUCUCUCUUUCUUUCUUUCUUUCUUUCUUUCUUUCUUUCUUUCUUUCUUCGCCUUAAUUCUUUCUUUCUUUUUUCUUUCUUUCUUUUUUAUCUUCCAUCUUUCUUUCUUCCUUUCUUUCUUUAUUUUUCUUCCUAUCAAUUUUAAGUUAUUUAAUUCUUUCUUUCUUUCUUUCUUUCUUUCUUUCUUUCUUUCUUUCUUUCCCCCACUUGUUUGUUUACAAUCAUACUUUUACAUGAUUUGGACAAUUUUUUGUUACACCCGUUAUCUAUCUAUCUAUCUAUCUAUCUAUCUAUCUAUCUAUCUACACUAUUUUUAUUAA